AUGGAAAGGGAAACCCGGGAGAUAUCGCUGGACGGAGACGUCCAUUUGGGGUGCCCCCCCAAGAGUAGCUUCAAAGAAGAUAAAAGUUGUGACAUCGGAGAAGGAGGAUGCAUUAUGAGAAAGGAAAUUAACGCAACUUAUUUUGGUCAUCACGAGGAAGAAGAAAUUGGAGAGUAUUCCCCUCGUGAAGGGUGUCACAUGGAGGGAGGUACAUUCAGUUGCAGUCUCUCGAAUGGAGAGUAUAAUCUCAUGAGUGGAAAUAUGAGUAGACAUCGAAAUGGGCAAAUGGUCGUUGCCAACUUGGAAGGGGGCAACUGCCCAGGAUGUGCAAACCUUUGCAGUGGAUACAAUCAAGGAGAGUUAGCAGAGUGCUGUGAGGAGGAAGUAGAUGGGGAGGAAAAUAAAAACAGGAGUAACUACACAUGUGAGCAUCCCCAAAGGAAUGGCACCAAUUGGAAGAGAGAGACACAACAACAACGUAGUCGGAACGGUCUACUUGGUCAUGAGGAGAAUUGCCCCCAUUUUAAAAGCUUGGGUAUUUUCCAUCACCUAGGGGAAGAGGGAGCUAACCAAGGAGAUGAUCACAGUAGUACCAGUUGGUAUGGCACAGAUUACACCAACGUUGAAGACUCGGAUGCAGGGGUUGACUGCUGUGGGGAUGGUGAGGAGGGGGAGGACGUUGCCCAAGGGGUGAACUUGGGAACCACGUUGGAAAAUAUUUCGCCCGGCAACAACCAAGUCGUUCGUACGAUCGAGGCUAGUUUGGAACGUUAUGGAUGGAGAAAAAAAAAAAAAAAAAAAAACAGCGACAGCAAUAGAAGCAGCAAUAGAGGCAGCAAUAGAGGCAGCAAUAGAAACAGCAAUAGCAACAGCAACAGAAACAGCAACAGAAACAGAAACAGAAAAAACUGCAGGCAUGAACAGACCAGUGGCAGGGAGUCGGAGCAAGUGCUGCACAACAUGGCCAACCAGAAGUUGACAGGAACUUCUGUCAUGUUGACAGGGGAGAAGUCCAAAUACAUUUAUAAGUUAGUUCCGUUUUUUAAAAACGGGGAGGCGAAGUUCUACAUGAAUGCCUUUGCGGCGUAUUACCAACUGCGUGGGCAGUUCAGGAGGGCCCCCCGGGGGAUCGACAAACGUGGCGAGGGUGGCGAGGGUGGCGAGGGUGGCGAGGGUGGAGAACGUACCGAAUGUGGAGAUCAUGCCGAAUGUGGAGAUCAUGCCGAAUGUGGAGAACGCGCCGAAUGUGGCCGCCUCAGGGAGCUGCACACCAGCAUGCGGAGCGCCAUGGCCUACUUCUACCUCAUGAACGAGAAGGCGAUGAGUGCAACUCGGAAGAAGCCACUCCGAAGCAGCCCAUGCAAGAAGGGCACUCCUCAAGGGGGUGAAGUGGACGAUGUGAUGGAACAUCCCCCCAACUGCGCAGCGCCUAGCACAAGUACCCCCGCCACUAGUAUCCCCCUCGAAAGUGCAAAUACUUACGGGGCUCAUUUUAGGAAAGACUGCGUAGAAGAAAGCCCCGAAGAGGAACGGCUCCCCUGUGAUAAUCCCCAACAGGACAAACCAAACUCAACGUUGAAGUCGCCACGUCGAGGGGAGGGAUGCACUCCGGAAGGGGAGGACGACGAAGAUGACUGCACAAAUGGAGGAUUACAUAGUAGCCACUGCGCUGUGCACACCACGGAGGAAGAAACGUUAAUGAAUCUCCUGGGAAUCGAUAUCAUGUCUUAUCACCGCCUGCAAAAGAGAAGCGACGAUGAUGUGGAUUCCUUUUCGGGUUGCACCAUGAUGGAAAGCUCCAACCCGAAUUGCAGUUUUUCGGCGUCGAAUAGGUUUGCACAGCAGGGGGGAGUAAGGAGGGGACUUGCAGAACAAUCGGAGGGAGGCAAAGAAGUGGAAGUAUUGGAAGAGAUUUACAAAGAUGACAAGUCGGAGAACCAAACGAGAGAUCAGCUCUACCGGGGAAGCAAGCCGACCAUUUGGAGAAGCGACCAUUACAGGAAAAACAGGAACAACAGUGAGUUGGGCAAACACCGCGUAUUGGCCUUUUUGGUCAGACAGAAACUUAUUCCAAAGUGUUACAACAUAGUACCUGUGUAUCGAUGUGAGGGGGAAGAGGCAACCUCCUAUUUGGCGGAGACCCACAAAAUAAAAAAUGGGAACCAAAGUGCAGGCUCCACUGCAGAACACGUACCGGAGAUAAGGAGAACCAAGUCGCAUGAAGAAGAGAAACCCUUUGAUGGUAAACGUGACGAUGUAGCGGUGAGAAGAGAUAUGCCUGGUAAAGAAGUGGAGAAAUGGAGAGUAGGGAAGUUGAGUGACCUCGUGAAGGCAGUCGAAGGGACUCCAUGUAGAGACCCCUCAGAACGUACAGUCCACUUAGCCUUGAAGCUGAAAAAAAUCUGUCACUCGAUAGAUCCCAGAAACCAGAACAUGCUUGACCUAAAGCUAGGUUACAACACCUUGAAGGAUAAUGAUACAGAGUUUAGUGAAAGACUGAAGAAAGAGAGCGACUCAGUCGAGUGGAGCGAAAAGGAAAAGUACGUGAAGAAAUGGUCGAGGAUGAAAAAAGACAUACGGAGUGAACACCUGAACACAAGUGACGAACAUAUAAUAGAUCUAUCUGCUAAGGACAUGAACCUACCUCCCGCGUUUUUCAACUAUGACAAUCAUGAAAUUUAUUGCCUCUUAAAAUCAUGGAAGCAAGAAAUUACUGCACGCAUGACGACUCAGAGGAGGUUGGGAUUUCGUAUAUGCGCGUUGGUGUGCGGGAUGGAGCAGGAGGACGUGUUGACGGACCAAGGGGUGCGGCAGUUCUACGCGGACUGUGUGGCGAAGUAUGGGUCGCUGGCCGAUGGCGCUGCGGGUUGCUGCGGCGGCGAGGACUACCAGCACGACCAGCACCACCAGCACUACCAGAACAGCCGUCUUUGCCAUUCCCUGCAACAUGCCCACUUCCCCCAGAACAACCAUCUGCAGCGCGACGGGGCGAGGACCCCCCCCAGCAUCGACCACUGCUACGACCGCGCUCAGAAGAAGCUGCAAAUCAGCAGAGACGUCGGACUCCACCUAAGGGAAGAGCACGUGGUGUACGCACUGACCUAUUUUUUCAAAAGCAUCAUUUCGAUUGUUCUCCCCAAACUGAUAAGCUUGAAACUGUGGCUGGAAGAACAGCAUGUUUAUUCCUUCUGCUCGACCUCCUUGUUAAUUAUAUAUGACCGAAGAAACCCACAGACGUGUGACAUAAAGUGGAUUGAUUUUACCUACUCCUUUGACAACACGGUGUCUCCAAGUAGAUAUGAAGAGAUGAAACAUAAGAAGCUCAACUUGGAUAUCCUUUUUGGCGUAAAUAAUUUAAUUAAAUUGUGCAGAACGGUGUUUUUUGAUAGCAAAGUAUCGCCAUCUCCAUCGUGUCCGUCGAGCAGUGAAAGGAAGCGAUCCCAUCCCGCGAUACACGACCAGCCGCGAGUUAACCCGUAG